AUGGGAUCAAAAUUAUCAAAAUCUCCUUCUUCGCAGCGAAAAAGCCUCCGGCAUGGCUUGCAAGGGCGUUCUAAAUUACAAAAAGCAGACGCGGACAAUCUAGUGGACACGGUGACUGUGGAACCCGACAGGCCACACAAAGAGGGCGAUUGUGUUCCAGUGUCGGGAGAUUGUAAUGCAGAGGGGAACACUUCCACCUCCAAAUGCACAAAAAAUGCUGAGAACCAUGGCCUCCACAACAGUGCGAUCAACGUUCAACCUCAGGAACGUCUUGUGGAAGCAAGACCUGCCUCGAUUCAUCACGAGACCUCAAGUGAGGAGUCACAUGUUCCUGCUGAAAAAUCAUCAGCACCAGGAUGUGCUGUGUUAACCGGCAGGGAUCCGAAACGUCCAGAAAGGGCUUGGUCGCCAGGCAUGGACUCGGCAGUUGACCUCUCAUUCGAAAUGCAGAACUUUAGGAGGAAUGGUGAGCUGACAUCAAGCCAGAGGCAAUCAAGGCACCAUGGUAGCAGAAGUCCAGAAGCUGGUCCACUUUCCGAUUCAGAAAUGGAAGAAAACAAGAAAGGUCGUUUCGAGUGUCACUUCUGGGUGCCACUUACGUCGCUGCAUGUCUUCGAUGACUCAAGAGACCGUCGAUUGAAAUCAAUCGCACGCAGCAGUGGUUGCAGCAUAACCCUCACUAAUUCCACCAAACUAGACCUCUACGGUGUUGCUAAGCGCAAAGUGCUUAUUAAGGCCGUCUCAACUUAUGGAAUGGCCAAGUGCAAGAAUCUUAUUGACGCCAAAUUCCCAGAAUUCAUUGUAAGAAACGCUGUUGUCACACCGGAGGUGGCAGAGACUCCGAAAAUAACCUGA